AAUUGUCCAGCUUUUUGACGAGCUGCUCUUGAAAAGAAGCUGAUCAGACUACAGUCAUUCAUACCUAAUUACUUCAGAGAUGACCUACCCAACAAACCUAGAGAUAAUAGGUAGUCAAUCAGGUGCUCCAUUUUCAUUUACUGGUGAAAAAAGUGGUGCCAGUUUAAAGAAGAUCUGGGUUUGGGUUGGAGGAUGGCAGAUCAGGGCUGUCAGGGCUUGGCUUUCAGAUGGUAGAAAUGAAACAUUUGGUGUAGCAUCUGGACCACAUCAAGAGUAUGUGUUUACCCCUGGAGAGUGUUUCACCUCACUGUCCCUCUGGGGGAACGGAGCAGGAACACGUCUCGGAGCCAUCAAAUUCAAGACCAACAAGGGUGGAGAGUUCUUUGUAAAGAUGUCAAGUUGGAGUUUAAAAGAAGAAUGUCCCAUUGAUAUCGGCUCUGGUUAUUGUCUUGGCAUUAAGGGAAGAUCAGGUACAGACAUCGACUGCAUGGGGUUCGUGUUUCUCAAUGCAGUUCAGUCAACAGUUCUCACCAAUGUUAACUAUCCCACCAUCAACCAGCUGAUCCCAAAAGUGGCCACAGAGGAGAUCAAGUCAGUCAGUUUUGAGAACAAAACAUCUGUUCAGCAAGAGCAAAAAGUUGAAACCUCAAAGAAAGUGAUCAAAACAUCUUCUUGGUCUAUGACUAAGAGCUUUUCGUCAACAUCAGUGUGGAGGUGAGUGCUGGGAUUCCAGAAAUUGCUGAAGCUUCUACCGGAUUCAGUGUCAGCUUUGGAGUUGAAAAUACCUAUAGUCUUGAGCAAACAGAUGAGAAAAACGAAAAUCUGACCACCACUGUUGAAGUCCCACCAAAGAAGAAGGUGGAUGUUCACAUCAGCAUUGGCAGAGCCAGUUUUGACCUGCCAUACACUGGCACAGUGAAGAUCACUUGCAAGAAUGGCAGUGAGUUACAGUACAAAACCAAGGGCCAAUACAAAGGAGUCACAUACACUGAUAUCAAAGUGAAUACAGUUGAAAAAGCUCUGUAAUGUCAAGAUGGAUUGUUCCUGGCUGGCUUCUGAGUUUCCCAGCAAUGAUUCAGCUCAUUUACCUAUGAUUAGGUUUUGUCUGUGCUCUCAUUCCUCUUUGCUUAAUAAUUUAGAAAAGAGGAAAUAUACUCAACAUUGUCUUUUUCAAAUAAACUUUUCAGUUUGAAAAUGGACAUAUAGCUUCAUAGUUUCUGUAACUUUGUAAUCAGUACCAGAUUAUGUGGUUUACUUUAUAUAAGGAAAUGUAAAUGUUCAAUGAAAAAUUAAUAACAAUAAUAAAAUAAUUGAG